UCCAUCCAUCCGUCCAGGUGUUCUGUGGCCAAGCUGGGAAAACAGUUACCUGUGAAGUGUAGAGUGACAGGCGGUGCGAAAGGACGCCCAAGGUGUUCUGUGACACUCAACAAUGAAGCCAGGUUCUAGGGGAGAGUCUUGGCCUAUGAGCUUCUUCAAGGACGCUACAAAAGCUUCCCCUGCAAAGCAGCUUACAAUAGGUGGCAUAUCAGGCUGGUGUGUGGGGUUCAUCUUCACCAAGGCAGGCAAGAUUGCUGCCACUGCCAUUGGAGGUAGCCUGCUGCUUUUUCAGGUGGCUCAGCACCAGGGCUACGUGAAGGUGAACUGGUCCAGGCUCAACAAGGAUUUGCAGCAGGCACAAAAUGAGUUGGCACGGCGCACUGAUGGCAAGCUGCCCAGGCUGCUUGAAGAGGCCCAGAAGUUCGUCAAGGACAAUGUAUUUCUGGCUACAGGGUUUGCCGGUGGCUUUUUGCUGGGUGUUGCAUCCUCCUGAAAAGUAGCACCCUAAGCUGCUUAACUUAGUAGAUUGUUUUCGUUUGUCUGCAAUAAAAAUGAUGUAGCAUUGUUUUGUGGCCAAGAGUAUGGCCCCCAGUGAAA